AUGCCAAUUGACCCAGAAAAGCUCGCCAAGUUGCAAAAGGCUUCCGCCAAGAAAGUCGGUGGACAAAGAAUCAAGGCCAAGAAGAUCAACAAGAGUGCCGAGGCCGACGACACCCAGUUGCAAAACACUCUCAAGAAGUUGAAUGCUGAGGUCUUGACUGGCAUCGAGGAGGCCAACUUCUUCAAGGAUGACGGUAAGGUUUUGCAUUUCAACAGAGUUGGUGUCCAGGCUGCUGCUGCCUACAAUACCUACACCUUCAGUGGAUUCGCUCAGGAGAAGACUUUGCCUGAGUUGCUCCCAAACAUUUUGCCGCAAUUGGGUGCUGAGAACCUCAACAUGUUGCAACAGAUUGCCGAGCAGAUCCAGAAGGGUAAGGGAGGUGCUGAUGCUUCGAAGGAGGACGAGGAAGAUGUUCCAGAGUUGACAGAAGGUGAAACUUUUGAAAACGAUGUUGAGUAG